AUGCGCAAGGACUACGAGGGCACCCACUUGGAUCUUGGCUUCAUAAAGGCCUCGCAUAUCUGCCGUCAGUGGAGACGGAUCCUCCUGUCGCUGCCGUCCCUCUGGUCGCGCCAUGUGUUCACUUUCCCUCAACCCGUUGCCGUACAUGCCAUCCUCGAGCGUACGAGAGCGGCACCGCUUCGCAUGGACAGGCUCUAUCUGCGCCCGCAAUCUUUCGAGCUCCUGCAUGAGGUUUUACCUCGCACGGCGACCCUGGACCUCUCGACCCAGCGCUCCGCCUUAACUCUCGACGCAUUCACCGACGUCGUGCGCAGCCUAUGCACCGAACCCGUACCGCAGCUCACGCAUGCGAAAAUCGUCUAUGAGCCGCUGAACGGCGCUCUGCUGUUCAACAGCGGUGCGAGCAGUCAGCCGCCGAUGUCCGCCCCGCGCCUACAACACCUCACCCUCAUCAAUACCUUCUUCCCGUUUGAGCUACCUUCGCUCACACACCUUAAACUCUCCUGGCAGCCCAAACCAGACGCGCGCCUACCGGCGGCAACUCUUCUUGCCGGCUUGCGCGCUUCGCCACAGCUGCGAAGCGUGGAACUGUCCCAUACAUUGAGCGAUGGCCUAUUGGACGAGUCGCUCGCGACGGCGCCGCGCAUCGUGUUGCCGCAUCUCACGCACCUUGCUGUCAAAGACGAAGCUCAGCUCGUGUUCGCGCUCGCAGGCCUUAUCGUCGGUUCUCCGGAGCUGCACUUCGAGGCGGAGCUCGUCGACGAUUCUCUAGGAGGGACUGCCGCCCUCGAAGGCCUCUCGCACCAGUUCCGCCGUAUUCUCGCGUACGGCCAGAAUACUGCGCUGUCCUUAUCGCACGCCGACUACUUCCUGAAGCUCAAGUUCUUACCCAUCCCUCCCGAGACGCCAACUCACGCCGCACACGCCACAAGCCCGCCGCUGGGCGGUAUACAAUGGCAGACUCGGCCCGUGGGACCCGGGCUCGUCGCGACCUUCGCUGGACGGGCGUGGGACCAGUUUGCGGACGGAGAGCCGGGGACAGUCUUCCGCCGCCUGCUGCGGGGCUCGGUGCGCGACCUCCGCGCCCACGCGCGACAAGUCCGCGCCCUCGAGCUCCUGCCCCGAGCGAGCGCGGAGCCUUCUUCGACCGAGUGGUCGGAGUGCCUUUCCUCCUUCGACUCGCUGCGCUCUUUGGCAUGCGCGCCCACCGAAGAAUUGAUGGGCACACUGGCCGACGCCGAACCCGAAGUAUUCUUGCCAAGGCUGGCGUAUCUUGCGGUGAACGUCGGUGAGGUUAUCCCCGGCCUUCAGGCUGCCCGACGCGCUCGAGCCCAGGCCGAAGAGGUCCGAGUACUGCGCGCGGUCGAGGCGCGCGCUGAGGCGGGGUAUCCGGUGAAACGUGUUCGCGUCGAAGGCGAGAUGGACGGCCAUGUGCUGGAGUCGCUGCUUGUGCGGUUGCAGGUUGACGUACCUUGUGUCGAGCAUAUCAGUAACGCCAUCGGACAGGCAUAG